GUGAGCACCUUGUCACGUGAUGUUUUGGUCAUCAUGGCGGCCUCCUUCAGACGGCUGCUAAGUUUAGGGUCCUGGCUGCUUGUCAUGUUGUUCUUUUGCGGGUCUCUGACUGAAGAUGCGGAGGACUGCAGCCACCUGAGACUCGGACAAUAUCUCUGCAAAGAUCCAGAGAUCGAUGAAGCCACGCAGGAGCCGAAGAACUGCCGGGACGGAGAGGCUAAAGUGAAUUGCUUCCCUGCUCCAAACAUCACCUGUCGGCUCUCCAACGGAACCGAGGUCCAGUUCAGCGGCAGUGAGGUGGGCUUCCAGAAAACCAUCUCCUGCAGGAACGUGAGCGGUUCUUCCUAUAAGGUGGCCGUGGCUCUGUCUCUGUUUCUGGGCUGGCUGGGAGCAGACCGGUUCUACCUGGGAUACCCGGCCCUCGGUCUGUUGAAGUUCUGCACGGUCGGGUUCUGUGGGAUCGGAACCCUUAUCGACUUUGUUCUGAUCGCCAUGCAGAUUGUGGGUCCGGCUGACGGGUCCGACUACAUUGUGGAUUAUUACGGCGCCCGCCUGACCCGCCUUUCCAUCACCAACGAGACCUACAGGAAGCCUCACCAGUCCCUCUGAUUGCCCGGGCCGAGCCGCAACUCCGUCCAUUUUUUUGGACAACUGGACCUUGCCCACCGACUGGAGGAGGAGAUAAAGGUCCAGUGCAGGUGUCCUUCAUGUCCUCCAGGUGUCUUCAAUGUGUCCUCCAUGUUCUCCUGUGAAGCUCAGUUGUUCUUUUCUGUUUCUGCUCUAAGUUAUUAAGUUUUGAAUAAAUAUUUCUGU